UGGUCAUCUCCUGUACUGUAUCCGCAGUCUCUGGUCAUCCCCUGUACUGUGUCCGCAGUCCCUGGUCAUCUCCUGUACUGUGUCCACAGUCUCUGGUCAUCCCGUGUACUGUGUCCGCAGUCUAUGGUCAUCCCCUGUACUGUGUCCGCAGUCUCUGGUCAUCUCCUGUACUGUGUCCGCAGUCUCUGGUCAUCCCCUGUACUGUGUCCGCAGUCUCUAGUCAUCCCUGUACUGUGUCCGCAGUCUCUGGUCAUCUCCUGUACUGUGUCCGCAGUCUCUGGUCAUCCCUGUACUGUGUCCGCAGUCUCUGGUCAUCCCUGUACUGUGUCCGCAGUCUCUGGUCAUCUCCUGUACUGUCUGCAGUCUGUCUGGUCAUCCCCUGUACUGUGUCCGCAGUCUCUGGUCAUCCUCUGUACUGUGUCCGCAGUCUCUGGUCAUCCCCUGUACUGUGUCCGCAGUCUCUGGUCAUCUUCUGUACUGUGUCUGCAGUCCAUUGGUUCAGAAUAUUUUUUUUCUUGCUUUUCUCCUCUA